AAUUUAUUAAGAUCAAUGAAUUUUCCGAGAAAAAGUACGGUACAAGUAGAUGCAUCUGAACCAAGCGAAGUACGGAGAAAAGUAGAUAAUAAGAUAUCAAAAGUUGUAAGAAUACUUCUAAAUAGUUCGAUCAUUCGGCUGUCCUUUUCACUUGGGACUACUUGUCAUACGAACAUGUCUUAUAAUUAUGAAGAAGGAAGAAAUGGGCCGGAAGAAAGAGAUAGAAGAGAUCGAGAAUAUGAUAGUCCACCAGGAAUGGAUCCAGAUGGUAUUAUUGAGAGCAAUUGGGAUGAAGUUGUUGACAAUUUUGACCAUAUGGGAUUGCGUGAAGAUCUUCUCCGUGGUAUUUAUGCCUAUGGUUUUGAAAAGCCAUCUGCUAUCCAACAGCGUGCCAUAAUUCCUUGUGUUAAAGGUAUCAAAACUUUUAAAUAUAUUCAGUCUGGAACUGGAAAGACAGCUACUUUCUCUGUAGCUAUUUUACAACAAAUAGACACUAGCCUAAGAGAAUGCCAAGCUUUAAUAUUAGUUACAACAAGAGAAUUGGCUCAACAGAUUCAAAAAGUGGUAAUUGCUUUAGGAGACUAUAUGAAUGACCAAUGUCAUGCUUGUAUUGGUGGAACUAAUGUGCAAGAAGAUCUUUGUAAAUUGGAAAUGGGUGUGCAUGUUGUUGUUGGCACUCCAGGCAGAGUAUUUGAUAUGAUAAAUAGAAAAGCUCUUAGGACAGAUCAUAUACGCAUAUUUGUAUUAGAUGAAGCAGAUGAAAUGCUUUCAAGAGGUUUUAAAGACCAAAUCUAUGAUGUUUUUAGGACACUCUGCUCAAAUAUACAGGUGAUUUUACUAUCGGCUACCAUGCCGGUGGAUGUACUUGAAGUUACUAAACGCUUCAUGCGUGAACCUGUCCGUAUUCUUGUGAAAAAAGAAGAAUUAACACUGGAAGGUAUCAAACAGUUUUAUGUUGGAGUUGAAAGAGAAGAUUGGAAAUUGGAUACUCUGUGUGAUCUGUAUGAAACAUUAACUAUAACGCAAGCUGUCAUAUUCUGUAACACACGGCGGAAAGUUGAUUGGUUAACAGAGAAAAUGCAUCAACGUGAUUUUACAGUAUCUGCAAUGCAUGGUGAUAUGGAUCAGAAAGAAAGAGAUGUCAUCAUGAGAGAGUUUCGUUCUGGUUCAAGUCGAGUAUUAAUUACUACCGAUUUACUUGCAAGAGGAAUAGAUGUUCAACAAGUUUCUUUAGUUAUUAAUUAUGAUUUGCCUACAAAUAGAGAAAAUUAUAUUCAUAGGAUUGGUCGUGGAGGUCGUUUUGGCCGUAAAGGUGUAGCCAUUAAUUUCGUAACAGAGGAUGAUAAGCGAACCCUUCGAGACAUUGAACAGUUCUAUAACACUCAAAUUGAAGAAAUGCCAAUGAACGUGGCAGAUUUAAUCUAAUAUCAAAUUUUUUUGUACAUGUAUGUUAUUUCAACAUUCAGAUUUUCUUUCCCAAAUGGGAAAUCCCAACACACAGACAGACCUGUAUACUUGGGAGUAGAAAAUGUUUGAAUAAUAACUUACUGGUGAACUAUUUGUGCAUGUUUUUGGGAAGAUAAUGUCUACCCAAAUUGGAGCUUGGAAAAGACCUGUAUGAACUAUGCAUACAUGUUCUACUGUGAACUGUGGUACAGCCUCUGUAGUGUGAAGGAUGUCAACGUUAAAUGAUCAUAACUAUUUCUCGCUGCUUCCAGAUUUUUUUUAAAUCAUACCGAAAAUGUAUGAUUAUCAACAACUGUUGGGUUGUUAAACCUUUCUCAUCUUUGCCUUGUUUAUUUUCUUUAUUAAAGGUGUCAACAAGUUACUUUGCUUAUACUUUUUAGUAGUAAUCCAUUAGGAUAGUUUUGCUGGGUUUCUUUUAUUGUUCCUCUGGUGUUGCAGGACUAAAUGUGCAGAGGUUGUGACAGCUUACAGGUACAAGGGAUGGAUGAAUGGACAUAAAUUACUUUGUAUAAUGUUCAUGUAACAGAAUAAUAUUAAAAAUUGUCCAAAUUGUCUGGAAAA